AUGGUAACUCUAUACGAAUAUGGAAGGAUAAAUGGCUCCCACAAGAAAAUACCUCUGAGACUUGAAGCUAGAAACCUUGAUUUGGUAGCUCUAGUCUGCUAUAGAAUUUGGCAAAGAAGAAAUGAUCUUAUUUUCAAGAAUAAUUUCCAAGGUCUGAAAGCUCUUAUCAAAUUUGCCAUUUCUGAAAUUGAGGUCCUAUCUAUAAGACAGGGAGAAAAACUAGUAAGGCAAGGACCCGUGAUACCUCAAGCUACUGUGUCUUAUUGGCAACCUCCUCCACCUACUUGGCUUAAGGUAAAUUUUGAUGCUAGUUUUAACAAGUCUGAGUUGGUGAUGGGAAUGGAUAUUAUAGCCCGAGAUUCAAAUGGUGAUCCACAUGUUAUGUUAGCUACACAAAAAGAAUCAGUCUCCUCUGUUUUCUUGGCUAAAGCCUUUGCUUUGUUAAGGGCCUUCACCCUAUGCGCUGAAAUGGGAAUAAUGAGGGCUGAAUUCAAAGGGGAUGCAAAGAUGGUUGUAGAAGCAAUCAAGGACCCUAAUUCAAAUUAUGCAUGGCAUGGACAACUCAUUGAAGAUCUCAAGCAUGUACUAGAGACACAUCCAAGUUGGAAACUGUCCUAUGCCAACAGAGUGAACAACAAAGUAGCGCAUGAACUAGCAAAGUUAGCUCUAUCUAUUGUAAAUGAAACCAUCUGGAGAGAGGAAGGGCCGGAUGUGGUCGCUCCCCUCAUAUCUUGUGAUAGACUUUGUUCCAAUGAAUUAUGA